GACCUGUCACGGAAGUGUUGUUGUUUUGUUUAUGCUAUAUAGGUCGCAUAGCAGACACGUUUUAAACUAAUAGAAAUGGAUAUAAUAUUAAAACAUAGUAAUAUAUUUGUAAACGAGGCGUUGUGCUGUGUGGUUUGAGUUUACAUUGAACUUUCUGUGGGUUAUCAAUGAUUUUUUUUUUUUUAAUGAACUACGAUAACAUUACAUGUACAAAAGCCUUUGUAAAAGUGUAAUAAAUUAGCUGUCGUUAUGGCUGAAAUUGCUAAAACUUUCAGGGUCCCGGGGCGGCAUGGUUACGCUAUAGAAAUGUCUCCGUAUUUAACAUCCAGAUUGGCUUGUGCUACAUCUCAGUAUUAUGGAAUAGCAGGCUGUGGAACACUGCUGGUGCUGGAGCAGACUGAAAGUGGCAUCAGCCUUGUAAGGAGUUUUGACUGGAAUGAUGGGUUGUUUGAUGUUACCUGGAGCGAGAACAAUGAACACGUGCUGGUCACUGCCAGUGGGGAUGGAUCUCUGCAGAUCUGGGACACAAACAACCCUAUGGGCCCAUUACAGGUCUUCAAAGAGCACACACACGAGGUGUACAGUGUUGACUGGAGCCAGACUCGUGCAGAGCAGUUGGUAGUGUCUGGUUCCUGGGACAGCACUGCUAAAGUGUGGGACCUAGCAGCCAGCAAGUCAAUAAGUACUUUCCAGGGUCACGAAGGUGUCAUUUAUAGCACAAUUUGGUCUCCGCAUAUACCAGGUUGUUUUGCUUCAGCGUCUGGGGAUAAUACUUUAAGAAUUUGGGACAUGAAGACAAGAGGAACUAAAAUAGCAAUCCCAGCUCAUCAGGCUGAGAUACUGACCUGUGAUUGGUGUAAAUAUGAUCAGAACUUCAUUGUUACUGGGGCAGUGGACUGUAGCUUAAGAGUCUGGGACCUGAGAAAUGUUCGGCAGCCUGUUUCAGAUCUGUCUGGUCAUUCUUAUGCCAUAAGAAGAGUAAAGUUCUCCCCUUUUCACAGGACUGUUCUUGCCUCUUGUUCCUAUGACUUCACUGUGAGGUUCUGGGACUUUUCCAAGACUGAGUCACUUUUGGAGACGGUGGAGCAUCACACAGAGUUUGUGUGCGGGCUGGAUUUCAGCCUGCAUAUCCCUAAUCAGGUUGCAGAUUGUGCUUGGGACGAGACAUUAAAAAUAUAUACCCCUCUCUGCCUUUCAUGCCCUUCAUAAAGAUGUACCUUAGAGGGAAAAUCAUUCACUUUGAUUGAGGAAAAGAAAAUGUUUCAGGACUUCAAGGGAUUUCCAACAUGACCAGUCUUCUUUCUCAUUUUGUGGGACUCUGUAAAUGAACCACCAUUUUUUUUAAACACAGCAGGAUAUCUCAUUUGUCCUUAACUGUAAAGUGUUUGCAACUGGAAUUGUUUAACAGUGGGAUUAAACUAUGUGUAUCAUGUUUUCUUAUUUAAAUAAAAUUGUAAUGAUCUCUGCUUAAGAACACUUAUUUUAAUUGCCCUUGGAAAGUGCUACUUCUUGCCAAUGCAUGUUAAAGUUACAGAUUUACAGUAAUUCAUAAGUGUAAUAAGUUUAAAUAAAUAUUCUCAUGAAGUUUAUAUUGUGUAACCGUUGUGCAAAAGUUAAUUUGCUGAAUUUCUUUGAAGGUCAAAAAGCAUUGUCUAUGAUAUAUUGAUGUUUGACAC